AUGGCGGACCUCAACCCCAGAUUCGAAGACAUCUGGAUGAACACCACAAUCCGCACUUCCAUCCUCGCCUCCUUGGAUAUCACAUCCAUCUGCAACCUACGUCUCGCAAACACAUCAUGUUCCGACUACUCCACGCGCACACUCUUCAAACGCACCCGCCUCACAUUCACACCCUCGGCCCUCACCCGUCCAAGCCGCGUCGAAGCACUCGCUCGAAUCGGCGAGUACAUCGAGCAUCUAACCUUCUGCAUGCCUCACACCCCCGAGACCUUCCUCCCGCCCCUCCUCAACCCGAGUAGUGGCCAGGAAGUCAGUUUCUUGUAUACACCACACACGAGCACGACGUCCGUCAAAGAGCGGCCGAAGUACGGGAAUAAUUUCCUGGCCGACUUGUUGACGCAGCAGUAUCCGCCGGUCUUUCAUGCGGCUACUAAUGUCCCGGCGUUCAUUAGCGCGAUGGGGCAGAUGCCGAAUUUGAGACAUCUGACGGUGUCUUGUCCUGGUCAGGAUCCAGCGCAGAGGUAUAGGAGAAGUUGUGUGGAUUACGCACUUAUUAGUCUUCGUAUUGCGUUGGAAAGAGCGCAUCUUCCUAAAUUGGAGAAAUUGUCACUCGCUCAUAUCCACGCGGCAGGGUUGCAGUAUCUUCGUCAAUUCCCCGGCUACGGAUGUACGCCUUCAGCUGGGCGACGCUGGAAACAGAUCAAGAAGCUGAAUAUCGUGAUGGAUUCCUGGGAUUUCCAGGGUUCGAGACCGGGACUUGAUCAUUUGAAGAUUCUGGAUGAUUAUAUCCGCAAUUUCGCGCCGGAGUUGGAGAAGAUUAGCUUUGGCUGGAAUGGAAGGAAGGGUCCUUGUCCGUUGACGCUGUUUACCGAUCCGCUGUUUGCACCGCCGAGGAAGAUGGCGAAGUUGUUUGCGGAGGUGACCAGUCCCAUGUCGCCGUUGCCUGAAGCACCGAGGCGACCGGCCAUGACAUUUCCGAAGUUGAGGUAUAUGCAGGUUCGCAAUGCUUCUAUGUCGGUGGAUCAAGUCGCCGACUUUGUAUUUGAACAUCGUCGCACUGUCAAGGAGUUUGAUUUUGAAAAUGUAUUCUUAUUGAAUGGAGGUGUCUGGGAAGAUGCGUUGGCGCCGUUGACGAGGAUCAGCGGAAGCGAUGAAUGGAUGUCUCAGCAGAGUAAUUCGGAUGCCGAUAGCUUUACUCAGAGUCAAGGGGACUCGGAUUAUCUUGAUGAUCUGGAGGAAGUGAUUGACACGCUUUCAAGAAGCAAUUCGAGGGAGCCGGUCAUGGAUGUUCCGAUUAUGAUUGAAAAGGCGUCGUCCGUCCAUGCGACAAAGGUCAAGAAGAGGGUGAGAAGACGCAAGAGAAAGGAACAUAGAGAGCAUAAGGAGUUGAAAGACUACUUGGAGCAACCAGCGGUUCCUCAGAAGCCGACAUCACCUCUACCCCUACGCCCUGUCAUAUCACGUCCUUUCAUAUCAGCACCACUACCCAUUGACGAUCCAUUCGUGGAUGUAUUACCAGCUACGGCAUUCGUUCUACCAUCAACCACAUUCAGCCCCAAUCCCAAACCAAAACCUAUAGUGCUGGACCCGAACAUCCAAGGUGUUCAGCGUGACAUAUUACACGAUACAACUCAACAGGAGCUAGCCGAUGAUCCCGAGAAGAGGGUGUCUACUUUCAGGAAAGCAAAGGAAACGGUAUUGAGGCAAUUAAGCAAGGAGUAUUGCAAGGGCCAGGAGAAGAAGAAGGGGUUCUUCAAGAAUACUUGCUCGGCAGGGUGGAAGAGUAGUGCGAUGUUGGCGCACGAGAGUAGGACUGCUUUGGUUCCUCUGAUGUUUAGUCGUUAUUGA